AUGAAGCUGGCUCUGGGUACCGCCCUGGGCUUGCUCUGCUCAUCUGCUUUGGUGGCAGCCCAGACUUACACAGACUGCAACCCGCUCCAGAAGACUUGCCCUGCAGAUACUGCCCUUGGCAAGUCUGACCAGACCAUCGAUUUCACCUCCGGCUCAUCCUCCCAAUUCGCUGCUUCGGGAGCUGUCACGUACGACAGCACCAACGGGGCUACCUUUACAAUUUCCGAGAAAGGUGACGGUCCCUUGAUCCAGUCAGGCUGGUACAUCAUGUUCGGCAAGGUCGAAUUCACCAUCAAGGCGGCGUCGGGAACGGGUAUUGUCAGCAGUGCCGUGCUGCAGUCGGACGACUUGGACGAGAUCGACUGGGAAUGGCUGGGUGGCAACAAUGCUCAGGUUCAGACCAACUAUUUUGGCAAGGGAGACACCAGCAGCUACAACCGUGGCGCCUAUCAUGAUAACGCCGGAAACCAUGACGAGUUCCACACCUACUCGGUCGACUGGACAAGCUCUCAGAUCGUGUGGGCGAUCGACGGCAAGACGGUUCGCGUGCUCACACCGGCCACUGCGGACACCAACCAGUAUCCGCAGACUCCGAUGAUGAUCAAGGUUGGCGUGUGGGCUGGUGGUGACUCGGACAAUGCCCAGGGAACAAUUGAUUGGGCUGGCGGGUUGACCGACUACAGCAAGGGUCCGUUCACAAUGUACCUCAAGUCGAUGACCGUGACCGACUAUUCGACUGGAACCUCGUACAGCUAUGGUGAUCAGUCGGGCUCGUGGGAGUCUAUCAUUGCGAAUGGAGGAAAGGUCAACGGGAACAGUGUCGAUGAGCCGACCUCCACCCAGUCAGCACCCCUCAUCACGGCAACUGUGGACAGUGUCCCGGUUCCAUGGAGCGGAACCCACCGAGAAACCUCUAGUUUUGUCACCCCCGAUGUCUGGCCCUGGGUUGCCACAGGCUCGCCGACGGCAACCUCCACUGGCCUCCCCAGUGGUUGGGAAUCUGGCUCCAGGCAGAUUCAACCGCCCGGCAGGGGAUCAGUGAGUGAGCACUGCCCUAUUCUUACCAUCACACCCCUUGUAUCAACCACUAAGACCGGUCCCCUUCUCUCACAGUAUACCUCCCGAUCUACCUCAGUGCCCUCGGCUUCCUCGUCGGUUGCCUCUUCCCCUUCUGGGCCUGAGUCGUCUUCCAAGAUGGUGACUCGACACUCGACCACUACUUCGACGAGUACCACCAAGACCAAGCACCAACACUCUGAAUAUACGCAAACACAGACAACCCAGACGAUGACUGACGUGCCAUCUGCCAAGGCGACUUCUUCUCCUACUAUUGCCCCUUCGGUUGGGGGUGGAAUCAGCCUGUACCACGUUCCAACCGCACUGGGCAUGAGCGUCGUUUGUGUGCUGCUCGGCGGCAUCUUUGCGUUGCUCUGA